GUGUUUGUUGUGUUGUGAGCAGUGGGAGGGUCAGUGCUGCUGCUGGUCAGUGCUGAGGGUUCAGCUGGACUGACUGACUGACCACUGGAUCUGAGCUGUCGGAUUGAGUUCCCAGCUUUCGCCUGUUUUCCAGCCUGACGGGUUAAAGGAAGUAUCGAGUGUGGCAUAUUCUGGUCACUCCUCUGAAAUAUCAGCCACAACUGUUGAGACCACCAGAAGAGACGCAUUCACAGCAAACCACACGUCUGAACAUGAGGAGCGUCACACGUUUCAUAGCUGUUCUUCUGUGCUUGAGAACCGCAGCUUCAGAUUCCAAUGCAAUCUGUGAGCUGAAGGAUGUUCCCGGAAACAGCAACGAUUGGAUCGUCUUGCAGGAGAAGUCUCUGGGAUGCUGGACGGACUUCACCAGCCUGAACGGGACAGAAGUCCACAUCCUCAAGCUGCUGUACUUACCUGAAAAACACAUAAUGUUAGAACUAAACGUGACUGUGGCAAACCCAUCGGUGGUGAUCAUCACCUCCAGCAACGCACAAACCAUCCUGCUUCAAGACAAUCCCACAGUGAACAUCUAUGUAACAAAUGGGACCUCAAUAACGUUUUACCUGCCAACUAGAGGAAGUCCACAAACACACGUUGCCCCGUUCGCAAACAGCGAUUCUGAGCUUCUCAAAUGGGCAGCAGAGACAUUUGGUGGAGUCACAUCCUUCACCACAGCACGAGAUCCCAAGGCCAUCACUUUCACUGGGAUGAAGGGAACACAGCAACCCUCAACAUGUGACCUGCAGCCAGAAAUAGCAGCAGAUAAACAGUUCAUUGAGCUGAAGCUGACACCUCCACCUAAUGAGCUCAAAUCAUGUUACACAAAGCAUUCUGGAGAACCGAUUCACGUGAUCAAUAUUCCCGAUGAUGUCAAAAUAAGGCAUGUUUGUGUGCAUUUGCCAUCCAACUCUAAAGUGGUCCUGAGAGGUCCAGCAAACACUGAGUGGACAAUCCACGGCAAUCACGAAGUCAAAUUACUGUAUCACAAUCCUGUAACCUUAAUCUCCAGCACAUCCGUGAUAACUUUUGUCUGUUAA